GUCGGUCGUAAGCACAAGUCGGAAAUUGCACUCUCAGGUAUACUCUCGGAAGAGAACGAUCAGAUUUUGAGGUUUUAAGGAAACCUGUUGUGCAGUGAAACAAAAACACACUAGUGAAGGAAAGGUUGAAAGUUGUUCUACACAGUUUUGGAAAUGAAGCAGUUGAUCUUGCUUCUAACAGUGGCAGUGCUGAUUGGCCACAGCCAGGCUCAGGGCAAUCAGAAGUGUGCGGCGAACGGAGAAUAUUGCUUAACCCACAGUGAAUGCUGUUCUGGUAGCUGUUUGAGUUUUUCGUACAAAUGCGUUCCAGUGCCACCGGGUGCCAGCGUUGGAACGAUAUUCGUUCCAGCUCCGAUUAUAACAGAUAAUCGCUUCGGUGGUCCGGACGAUGGAGGAGCAAGCAUCACACAAAAAACCUGUGCCAAAAAUGGCGAAUAUUGUCUUACCCACGCCGAGUGUUGCUCGGGAAGUUGUUUAAGCUUCUCGUACAAGUGUGUCCCAACACAGCCUCCGGCAUCGGGGACGUCCGGUAUUCAACAGCAACCAGCAAGACCACAACAACCGACUACUGGCUCCAGCACGGUUGGAACAACCAUAGAUUUGAGCAAUCGCGUCGGCGAAGGCGACCAAAGUACGGUACCGAUCACGGCUGGAACCACUGCUCCGCCUAGAAAGUGUGCCGCCUUGGGUGAAUAUUGUCUAACCUCGUCCGAAUGCUGCUCCGGAUCGUGCCUGAGCUACUCGUACAAAUGCGUGACCAAUCGACAACUGCAAACAUCCGGGGGUUUCUUACUGCCCCGGCCAACACCUGUAAACACCGUUAUGAAUUCCGGUGGGUUCGCCAAUCGCUUUGAUGGUACCAGUGACUCGUCUUCAUCUCCUCCGCAGAAAUGCGCCGCAGUUGGCGAAUAUUGCCUCACGGCAGCCGAUUGCUGUUCCCGGAGCUGUCUGAGCUUCUCGUACAAGUGCGUCCAGAACUACAAUCUAGGAACACAGCAGCUGACAUCGUCGGGAAUUCCAGUUCAACAACCUGCCAUUAAUAACAUCGACACGUCCAAUCGUUUCGGCACCAGCGACAGGCAAUGUCUCACUAAUGGACACUACUGCUUCCACAGCAAAGAGUGCUGCUCGGGAGCUUGCUUCAAAUCAUUCUGCGCGACUCAAAUCAACCUUGGAGUUCCCGAGUCGGAACUGACACGGCCCUCCGCCGCCAACGGACCGUUCGUGCAGGUCAACAGUUUGGAUGAACUGAUAACGCGCUUCGGCGGUGGGGCACCGGCACCUUCCAGGGAUUCCAGCGCCAGUGCUUCGCUGAAACGGGCCAACAUUGGAGCGCGGAGUGGAGCCGAAAAGCACUGUGCAGUCGUUGGUGAAGGGUGCUCCCGCCAGGAGGAUUGCUGCUCCAUGAGAUGUCAUUCGUAUCGACGCAAGUGUGUAACGUAAAUCGGACUGGGGGUCCGACCAUACACACAAAUACACACAGAGCUGAGGCAGAGAGGGAGAGGCUUUCUUCCGCGAAACAACUAAUUUUUUUUCUACGUUUAUCAACGGAGAAAAGUGGCAAACGGCGAACCUUCACCACAGAUUAUACGGUGUGUGGGUGUGUAUGAUAACCGCCGUCGUCAACAUCAUCCAGGUUUGCCAGCGGUUUUAUUAUUGUUGUUGUUACUACAUAGCCGCGUGCCACCCUGCUCUUUCCAGUUUGCUUUUAUUUUAUAUUUUAUUCCUUUCAAUCAACAUUUAUUAAACAUAUAUUGCUGUGAUGAUGAUGAUGAACGAUCCUAGAUGAAAUACUUCGAAGGAUAUGUUGGAGAGUGAGCGAGCGUGUGAGAAACAGAGGAAAAUAAAUCAUAAAUAAAACAAAA